CUUGGACUUUCAAGUCUCACGUUCUCUUCUACGGUAAUAGAGACUCCACACACCAACACACUUCCACUGCCAGCACACUCUCACUCCGCAUUUCAAGUCGUCAGCUCUAAAACAGUAAGAGAAGCGCAGUCAGAACAAAUCCUGCGUCAGUAGGGACUUGAGGUGGUCACAGGCAGUUUUUACAGCAUCACCGCUUCUUCAGCUCAGCCCUGAGCUCAGCGACAGGGGCUCUGCAGCGAGCUCAAACUUUGCUUUAUCGCUGAAGCCGUCUGGAAAAGUUUCAUGCGGCAAAAUGAAGGUCCUUGUGCUUGGGGGCACCGGCUAUCUCGGGCAGUUCGUGGUUGACCACUUUCUGAAUGCGGGUGAUCCUGUGUUGUUCACCCAUACAAAAGAGGUGGCACCGGAGAUCACGCCGAAUGGCGCCAUGUGUUGGGGGGUACUGCCAGCAGCUCUACGUAUUGACCUGACAACGGAGGGGGGUCUAGGUCUCCUUGAGGAGAGGGCCUUGCAGAUGGGAUGUGGUCCAGACGUCGUCAUCAAUUGUGCGGCCAUCUCUCAACCGCGGGACUGCGAAAGCGACAGGGACCGGGCCUUUGCUGUUAAUGUACCCUCUAGGGUGACAACAUGGUUGACCCAGCGAGCGGCAGUUGAUGGCAGGAGGCCACCGCUGUUCAUACAUUUAUCCACCGAUCAAACGUACGAGGGGAAUAAGCCAUUUUGGCACGAGGACGACCCGACGAACCCGGUGAACACAUACGGCGAGUCCAAGGUGGCAGCUGAACGGCACUUACAAGAGAGCUACCCCAACCAUGCAAUCCUUAGAAGCAGCAUCAUCUACGGCCCACAACCACCCCUCAUGCCGGUUGGCCGGACCCUCCCUCUCGCAUGGAUGGACGGCGUAUUGUCGUCUGGCCAAGAAACCAGCUUUUUCGAAGAUGAGUUCCGGAAUCCGGUCUACGUGGGCGACGUCGUGGCAGCAAUUGCCAAGCUCGCGGAAAGUGCUGAACAAGACUACCCCUACCCGCACCGUGUAUUCAACCUAGGCGGGCCGGAACGGCUGUCCCGAGUAGACAUGGCGCUCGCGGUUGCUCGAGAGAGGGGCUACAGCGAACAGCUCGUGAAGCCAGUCCCUGCGGCGUCGGUGAGCCGAGGGGUUGUCAGCCCAGCGGACAUCUCGAUGAACGUCGAACGGAUACAACAGGAGCUUGGUAUCAGCCUGACCCCUUUUGUAACUGGCGUUCAAAAGUCCUUUUAACAGCAUUCAGCGGCAAGACUGAUGUGAAAAGUAGAUUUUUGCACGCAAUCGCCGUCUGACUUCCUAUUUGCCAACAUGAGUCGCUGUGGUUUCUUGAGCUUCUGUAAAGACUUGAUGAAACGGCUACGCUUGAUCCUUUGGCUGAUAACUAUACAUGGAUGGUCGUCGGAUUGCGAAAGUGUCUCCUGGAGACUGCGGUCCUUUGGCUCUUGCUG